AUGCUCCAUGGAUUCCUCGCCGCCCCAACCGGAUCCGUGACCUCGCAGCUAGUUGAGCGCCGGCCGCGGCAUCCCGGCGCCAAGAAGAAAUCGCCAGGUCAGGUAUCGAUCGAUUCCGCCUCGCAGCACGCGGAAUUCGUCCGGCUCGUGAAAUCUUGCAGCAGCUCCAAGGAUCUCGAGGCCGGGAAGCGCGUCCACGCCCGCAUUCGCGCCAGCGACCACCGCCACAACAAGCACCUCGCCAAUCUCCUCAUCGGCAUGUAUGGCAAGUGCCGGAACCUCGAGGAUGCGCGCCGGGUCUUCGACGCCAUCCCGGAGCCCAAUCUCUUCUCCUGGAACAUCCUCAUCUCCGCGCACGCGCUCAACGGCGACCCUCACGGCGCCAGGAGCGUGUUCGAUCGGAUGCCCGAGAAGGAUGCCGUGAGCUGGAACACGAUGAUCACGGUGUAUGCCCAGAUCGGACAUCUCCAGGAGGCGCGGGGGAUGUUCAAGGCGAUGCCGGAGCCCGACACAGUCUCGUGGAACGCGCUCCUCGCGGCAUAUGCACAGAACGGGCAUUUGCUCGAGGCGAGCGUCUUCUUCAGGAUGAUGCCCGAGAAGGAUGUGGUGUCCUGGACGACGAUGGUCACGGCCUUCGCCGAGAAUGGCUUCCUGGACGAGGCAAGGAGAUUUUUCGAGCUGAUGCCACAGCCGGAUGUGGCUGCCUGGAACGCGAUGGUGGCGGGCUACGCUCAAGCCGGGUGCUUGAUCCAGAGAGGCCACCUCCAGGAGGCCAGGGACGUUUUCGAUCGGAUGCCGCACAAGAACUGCAUCUCCUGGCACACGAUGAUCCAGGCCUACGCAGCACACGGCCGGAUCGACGAGGCCUCGGCGCUCUUCGACCGGAUGCCCGAGAGGAUCACCACUUCCUGGAACGUGAUGAUCGCGGCGAAGGGUCAGUACGGGCUGGUGGACGAGGCGUGGGAGCUCUUCCGCGCGAUGCCCAACAGGGACGUGGUUUCGUGGAGCAGCAUGAUCGCGGUGUAUGCCCAGAACGGGCAUGUCGAGGAGGCCAGGAGGGUGUUCGAGCGGAUGCCGAGGAGGAACAUCGUCUCCUGGACGGCGCUGCUCUACGCAUAUGUCCAGAGCGGCGAGGUGGAGCUCGCAAAAUCGGUUUUUGAUCGGAUGCCCGAGGCCAACUUGGUGUCGAGAACCGCAAUGAUCACGGCCUAUGCUCAAGCCGGGCAUAUGGAGCAAGCUCGGAGCUUGUUUGAGAGCAUGACCCAUCACGACGUGGUGUCCUGGAACACGAUGUUGGCGGGCUAUGGACAGAACGGCGACGUCGCGCAGGCCUGGGACUACUUCUCCCGGAUGCCUGUGUGGAAUGUGGUGUCCUGGAACGCGAUGGUGGCGGCCUACGAUCAGAACGGGCACUGGGAGCAGGCAAAGCUCCUCUUUGAUUCCAUGCCGGAGAGGAACGCCGUGUCGUGGACGCUGCUGCUUUCGACGCUGGCCAAGAGCGGGGACGUCCCGGCGGCGCGGAAGCUCUUCGCGGAGCUCCCCGAGUGGGAUACAGUGGCGUGGAACUACAUGGUCGCGGCGUACGCGCUCCAUGGUGGCGAGCAGCAGCAGGAGACGGUGGAGCUGUGGAAGGCGAUGAGCUUGGAGGGAUUCAAGCCGGACGCGGUGACGACGAUCGCCAUGCUCUCGGCGUGCAUACAUAAAGGGCUGGUGGAGAGGGGCCGGGGAUUGUUCCUGGCGAUGGAGGGCGAUCACGGAGUGGCUCCAAAGCAGGCGCACUUCCGGUGCAUGGUGAGCGUGCUGGGACGCGCGGGGCAGCUCGGGCGGGCCGAGGAGCUGAGCAAGACGAUGCCGUUUGUGGCGGACUCGAUCGUCUGGACGGCGCUGCUGGAUUCGUGUCGGGCUCAGGGAGACGAGCGGCGAGCCAUGCCGGUGGCCGAGAGCUUGGCGAAAUCGGAGCCGGCUUCGGUCGAUCGCUAUCGGCCUGGUGUGGAGCGGAAGAAGUUAGCGAUCAAGCUUGAAUUGGUCACAGCUUCGGUCGAUCACUAUAGGCCUGGUCUGGAGCGGAAGAAGUUAGCGAUCAAGCUUGGAACUUUGGUCACACUUUUGGUCGGUCUGGAGUGGAAGAAGAUAGCGAUCAAGCUUGAAACUUUGGUCACAGUUUUUGUAGUUAGCGAUUAA